CUGGCUUACUGUGUGGUUCAGUUUCUAGAGAUGGACAGCACGCUCACUGAGCCGGUGGUGAUGGCUCUUCUGAAAUACUGGCCAAAGACUCACAGUCCAAAGGAGGUGAUGUUUCUGAACGAGCUGGAAGAGAUUCUGGACGUCAUCGAGCCGUCAGAGUUUGUUAAAGUCAUGGAGCCCUUAUUCAGACAGCUGGCCAAAUGCGUCUCCAGUCCACAUUUCCAGGUUGCGGAGCGAGCUCUCUACUACUGGAAUAACGAGUACAUCAUGAGUUUAAUCAGCGAUAACGCAGCGAGGAUCCUGCCCAUCAUGUUCCCCUCGCUGUACCGAAACUCCAAAACCCACUGGAACAAGACGAUCCAUGGGCUGAUCUAUAACGCUCUGAAGCUCUUCAUGGAGAUGAAUCAGAAGCUCUUUGACGACUGCACACAGCAGUUCAGAGCCGAGAAAAACAAAGAAAAGGCCAAGUGGAAAGAGCGCGAGGAGGCGUGGAUAAAGAUCGAGAAUCUCGCCAAGUCAAACCCACAGUUUCUGAUGUACAUCGACUCCAGCAGCCUCAGCAGUCCGAUGGACAUGGAGACAGAUGGGCCGAUCAUUGAAGAUGUCAUGAUGCUAAAGAAGACCGUAGAAGAAGAAGCCACUCAGCUCCACAGAGACCAGCGUAGAGAACGUCCCCUGAUGCGACGCAAGUCCGAGCUGCCUCAGGAUACCUCCACCACGAAGGCCCUGGAGACGCACCGGCGCGCCGAGGACAUGAUCGGUGCCCAGGAUGGCCACUAGAGGACCACAGACGCCCGAAACCCAGUCCAGACCAGACCAGUCUCAGCCGGCGCCUUCAGCACAGAUGACCAGCGGCGGAGGAUGGCUCCGGUGUGACCCACAAACACACGAACCCAUUCUGUCCAGAACCGACCGCGCCGGAGCCCAUCCAGACCUCCUCGAUCCGCGCUAGUCCAGUCCCGACUCAUCCUCUUCUCCGCUUUCGUUUGUCCGUUUCUCUCUGUUAAAGGGAUAGUUCACUCCAAAAUGAAAAUUCUGUCAUUAAUUACUCACCCUCA